UUUCAACAUAUGGUUCGUCCUCUUUGACCCAAAAGCUGCAAACAUGCUACGAUUCACAGCUGUUAUUGGUAUACUGUUGUUGGCCGGCUUUUGCCAAACGGAAGAUACUGGUGCAAGACUCCUGGCUUCUAAAAAUAUCCUCAAUCAAUGGCUUGUUGAAGGCAAAGAUUUGACUGUAGCUUAUAACAUUUAUAAUGUUGGAUCAAGUGCUGCAUUAAAAGUGGAGCUACGAGACGAGACUUUCCCCACGUCUGAUUUUCAAAAUGUUCAUGGUAAAUAUGUCGUCACAUGGGAUCGUCUAGCGCCAGGAAGCAAUGUUUCCCAUACAGUCAUCGUCCGACCCCUCCAAGCUGGUUUCUUUAACUUCACUGCAGCUACUAUUUCAUAUAUACCACAAGAAGAUGCACAGCCACAGUUUGGUUACACCAGUGCACCAGGUGAAGGAGGUAUCAUGUCACUAAGAGAAUAUGAUAGGAAAUUUUCCCCUCAUUAUAUGGAUUGGUUGGCGUUUGCUGUCAUGACUUUACCUUCAAUUGGCAUUCCAUUUAUGUUGUGGUAUCGUAGUAAAUCAAAAUAUGAGAAACCAGUUGAAAAGAAAUCCAAAAAACAUUAAUAUUUUUUUUUUGUCAUGUGGAUUUGCAAUAAAGUUUAAAAAAAUAACUUAAAACAA